AUGACCCAAUCGGCCCCGUCUGGUUCCAAUGGGCUACCUUCCAACAAUAUUUCAGCAUCUGCACGACAUUCUGUCAAAAAACCGGACGAAAAUGUCAACUAUAACCCCCAAUCUGUGCUGGGAGAGGUUUCGGUGAAGGAGAUGGGCUCACGAGUAGACGGAUUUAAGCCCCAAAAUAGUGACGCGAAUGGUUUUGAGCCCAAUUCUGAAGAUGAGGUUGCCAAAAGCGGAUCAAACGCCGCUUUUUUCCCCCGUUUGUAUGGAGAAGAUACCACUUAUAGACCUACCACCGUCGAGAACCAAGAACGGUUUGAGCUGCUCAUCACACAUAUACACUCGUUACUUCCCGAUGAGCCUCAAAACGUGGUCAUUUCGGCCGCAGACUCGGUCUUGGAGAUCGUCAUGGAUGUAGAGCUUUCCGUAAAGCAGAAGCAGAAGGCUGUAGAAGAAUUGCUCUCGAUGCGCCUAGAUGAAUUGCAAAUGGCGGAGUUCUUCAAGAUGUGCAAGCAGAUUUCAGACUAUGGUAAACAGGCUGCUGAAGAAAAUCUAGGUGAAGAGCCAUUAGCAGUAGACUUUGAGGAGGAAGAUCUGGGAGCGGGCGAGACGAAGCCCGUGCUCGAGGAUUCCAGUGAAUUCGCCGUAGACGAGAAAGAGCCGCUGUCUUUAUCCAUUGGUCCCUCAUCUGAACCCACAAUUAUCACCGCCAAUCAAGAUGAAGAAACGGCGCUAAUACUGAUCAAUAAUGUAUCCAAAGAUACUCUUUUUUCUCGGGUCUCUGUAUUGGAGCCUGAAAUGGAGAGCGAGCACGUUCGCGAGAUGUGUAAAAGCAUAUCGCGGGUCAUUGCACAGCACGAACUCGAAAGCACAGAGUAUGAGAAGAAACUCAUGGAGAUCCUUGAUUUCAAACACCUAGAAUUUGUGAGGUUCUGCGUACAAAACAGAACGACGUUGCAUUAUGGGCUCCGACUCUUGGCAAACCGCAAGAAAACUAUUGCAGACAUCAAGGAAGCUGGGCUUUCUUCGUUGUUGGUGGAUCUCGGUCUCGAGAAGCCUAAGAAGAGAAGAAAUGAUGACGACGAAGACGAGGACGAAGAAGAACCAGAACAAGAUGGGAAGAAACGCUCCAAGACUGGCGCAAAGCUGACUCGUGAGCCACGCAUCAUUGAUUUGGAUGGUUUGGUCUUCGAUCAAGGUGCACAUUUGAUGACCCAAGAUAAGACUGUGCUUCCGAAAGGUUCCUUUCAAGAAAACAAAAAAUUGUAUGAUAUCAUUACUGUUCCAGCCCCGGCCCCUCCCCCAUCAUUAGAAGAUAGCGGCGAAAAACUUGUCUCUAUCUCCGAAAUGCCAGAGUGGGCACAAGCUGCAUUCCCCAGCGCAGAGACUUCUUCGUUGAACCGUGUUCAGUCCAAGAUCUAUCCCACCGCGUUCCUUUCCGAUGAGAAUUUGCUCCUAUGUGCGCCCACUGGUGCUGGUAAGACGAACGUGGCAAUGCUUACGGUGCUUCGUAUGUUGCACAACUACCGUGAUUCAGACACGGGCCAGAUUCGUGUCAAAGAUUUCAAAGCCGUGUAUGUCGCGCCAUUGAAAGCCCUUGUCUCCGAACAAAUGCGCGAGUUUGAGCGCCGAUUGAGUGCUCAGUAUGGUGUGAAAGUCAAUGAACUUACCGGAGACCUGUCCUUGAGUCAGCGCGAGAUAGCUGAGUCCCAAAUUCUUGUUACCACUCCUGAGAAAUGGGACGUUAUCACACGAAAACUGGUUGAUCUGCCCAAUGUGAAGGCAGUCAAGCUAUUAAUUAUCGAUGAGAUUCAUCUUUUGCAUGACGACAGAGGACCUGUGCUCGAGAGUAUUAUUAUGCGUGCCAAGCGCCAACAAGGAUUGCGGCUCGUGGGUCUUUCUGCUACGCUUCCUAAUUUUGAGGAUGUUGCCCGCUUCCUUCAGGUCGAUCUAAAAAAGGGCCUCUUCUAUUUCGGUCCACAAUUCAGACCUUGUCCUUUAGAGCAACAAUACAUGGGUGUCAAAGAGAAGAAACCUAUCAAAAAGAUUGCUGCCAUGAACGAGGCUUGUUACGAGAAAGUCGUCAAUUGCCAGGAGCAGGGCCAUCAGGUCAUUAUUUUCGUUCAUUCAAGAAAAGACACAGUCAAAACCGCACAAUGGCUCAGAGAUCGCAUGGCUGAAUCUGACAAAAGUGCGUUGAGAUCCCUGACAGGUACACAGGAGCUUUUAAGGCAAGAGGGUGAAAACGCCCACAAUAAGAAUCUCUCCGAAAUCCUUCCUCUGGGAUUUGGAAUACAUCAUGCUGGUCUUGACAAGAGCGACAGAAGCGUUGUCGAAGAUCUCUUCGCACAGGGUCACAUUCAAAUUUUGGUUUCAACGGCAACCUUAGCCUGGGGUGUUAAUCUCCCGGCGCAUACGGUCAUCAUCAAGGGAACAGACACUUACAAUCCCGAGAAGGGAAUGUGGGUACAACUUUCACCACAAGACAUUCUCCAAAUGCUUGGUAGAGCCGGAAGACCACGGUAUGAUAAAUCUGGUGAGGGUGUAAUCAUUACCGCGAACGAGGAACUCCAAUAUUAUUUGGCAGUGCUCAACCAACAACUUCCAAUCGAGUCUCAGUUCAUGAGUAAACUAGCCAACAAUCUCAACGCUGAAGUUGUUCUUGGCACAAUUACCUGUCGGGAAGAUGCCGUUGAAUGGUUGGCCCAAACAUACUUGUAUAUCCGUAUGCUCAAGGCGCCCAAACUCUACCAAGUGGGGUCUGAUUAUGACACUACUGAAGAUCCGACUCUAUACUGGAAACGUGUGGAUUUAGCUCACUCGGCUUUAGCUAUUUUGCAAGAGCAUCAUUUGGUGACGUACGAGGCAUCUCUGGGUUUUGUUGCAACCACUGAAUUGGGUAAAAUUUCUGCUCAUUUCUACAUCAACUACGAGAGCGCAUCAAUGUACAAUACUCGCCUCAAGCCAUGGAUGCUGGAAAUCGACAUAUUCCAGGUCUUUUCCUAUUCUGGCGAGUUUAAGUAUGUCCCAGUGAGGCAGGAAGAGAAGUUGGAGAUACGGAAACUUGCAGAGAAAUGUCCGAUCCCUAUCAAAGAGAAACCUAAUGAUCCGCAUGCCAAGAUCAACGUACUCUUGCAACUGUACAUCACAAAAUUGCGUUUGGACGGCUUUGCAUUGACAGCCGAUAUGAUUUAUGUCACACAGUCUGCUGGACGACUUAUGAGGGCAAUCCACGAGAUCUGCCUUAAAAAGAAAUGGUCUCAACUUGCUGAAACAACACUUGCAAUCUGCAAAUACGUUGAAAGCCGCAUGUGGAGCACGAGUUCAGCUUUUAGACAGUAUGGUACCCUCGCACCUCUUGAACUAGUCAAGGCCACUGAAGCGUCUCAUCUUCCGUUCAUGAGUUAUUUUCAGUUGAGUCCUGCGGAGCUUUCGGAGGCAAUAAGCUUCAGAGGAUCUAGUCAACUCGCCCACGAUUUGUUGAAGCAAUACCCUAAAUUUAACAUUGAGGGCCAUGCUCAACCGGUCACAUCGGAUAUGAUCCGCUGUCUGGUUGAGAUCAUGCCGGAAUGGGAGUGGAACUGGAAACUCCAUGGCUCGUCGGAGCUGUUUUUGGUAAUUGUCGCUGACUGUGAUGGGGAGCGGGUGCUUUUUGAUGAUGUCGUCAAGAUUACAAAGCGCCAUCUCUACAAGAGUUUGUCUCUCGACUUCACAGUCAGCUCUGUUGGCGAUAUAAAGACUUUGGGCCCGAGUCUCUAUGUCAGUGUUUCGAGUGAAAAAUGGAUCCAUUCGACGUGGAAGGCUCCUGUGAAGUUAUUCCACUUGGAGGGCCCCAAAGAACCCAAACCAUUGACAAAAGUGCUCGAUGUCCAAAGCGUACCUGUUGCAUCUCUCGGAGAUCCAACUUUCGAGGCUUUAUUUCCAUUUUCCUACUUUAACAAGUUUCAGUCUCAAUGUUUCCACUCCCUUUGGAACACCAAUGACUCUCUCUUCAUAGGAGCCAACAAGGGCUGUGGUAAGACUACAGCUGCAGAGUUGGCUAUCAUCAACUCUUGGCGUCAAAACAAACAGCGGAUUUUGUAUCUUCAACCGUCACAGGAGAGAAUUGACAUCUUGUUAAAGAAAUGGACAAGUAUGUUCUCAUCUCUCACUGACCCACCGAAAGUGGUGGCCAAGCUCGCUGGCGACUUGGCUGCAGAUGUGCGCACGCUUUCACUGAGCCACUUGGUUCUUGCAACCCCAGCUCAAUUUGAUGUAGUGUCUAGAAAGUGGCGUUCGAGGAAACUGAUCCAAUCGCUUGAGCUCGUGAUAGCAGACGAUGCUCAUCUCGUCGGUUCACCUUCGUGUGGCGUCUCAUACGAAGCUGUGCUCACUCGAAUCAAGUUCAUGGCGACCCAUUUGGGAAGAGAUAUUCGAGUUUUGGCUCUUUCAUUCCCUUUGGUGUAUGGACGCGAGUUUGCCGGAUGGCUUGGCUGCACCAAGAAGCUGAUUUAUAAUUUUGGCCCUAAUUAUCGUGCAAAGCCUAUUUCUGAAAUCAGACUUCUUCCAUGCGAAAGCAAUGUCACAAUUGCAUCUCUGGGUAACAAGCAAUUCGUUUCCCUAUUGGAGAGCACUAAAUCUCUUCUUGUUUUCGUCUCAAGCAAAAAGGCUGCUCUUGACCUAGCGCCCUCGAUUCUCAAUUUCGAGGCAUUAUUUCCAAAAUCAGAUUCUGAAGAAAUGAAUACCUUGCUAGAGCGUCUCGAUGACAAAUCACUCAUUCCUUUACUCAACCGCAGUGUUGGUUUAUUUCAUGAAUCGAUGCUGAGAAAAGACAAGACAAUUGUUGAAAGGCUUUUUACCAAUAACUUUAUCAAAGUCUUGAUUGCCACAAAAGACACUUGCACAUAUGCGCCAUAUGCGCAUUCAGUUUUGAUUUACGGAACUCAAACUGAAAGUUCUCAUCAAGCGAACGACUACUAUCUUACGGAUCUCAUGGAAAUGGUUGGAUGUUGUGACGGAGGCCGAGUUCUCGUGUAUGCUCUGGCGCUCAAGGUAGAAUAUUAUUCCCAUUUUCUUACUCAUCCUCUCCCUGUCGAGAGUCUCUUGCACAACUCUCUCCAGGAUGCAUUUAUCCAUGAGAUCUCAACAAGGACCAUUAAAACCAAGCAAGACUGUGUUGAUUGGAUUACGUACACUUUCUUUUACUGCAGAUUGAACCAGAAUCCUAGCUUCUAUGGCCUCAAGCUCCAGGACGAAUCUAGUCUCUCAGAAUACUUGUCGGAGUUGGUUGAGGCUACUCUUGAAGACUUGGAGCAAGCAAGCCUCAUUGAAAUUAUAGAGCCUGAAGAUGAAGAUGACGAAGACGAAGAAGAGGCAAUUAGCCCCUUGAAUGGAUCCAUGAUAGCUUCUCACUACAACGUCCAAUUUGCCUCCAUGAAGCAAAUCAGAAACUUAUCUGCUUCGUCUAGAUUGAGAAAUAUCUUGGAGGCUAUCACCUCCGCGUCCGAAUUUGAAGAUCUUCCAAUUAGAGCAGGAGAAGAGCAAGCUCUCCAAAAGAUCUCACAACAUGUUCCUCUUAAACUUUCAGGAGACACAGACUUCGAGUCGCCACAUGUGAAGGCCUUCUUGCUUCUCCAAGCGCAUUUUUCUCGUGUAAAGCUUUCAGGAGAUUUAGCGCAUGACCAAAAGCACAUUUUAGCCACUGUUUUGAAACUAGUCAAUGCCUGUGUUGAUUCUCUUUCCAGUGAGGGUCUCUUGAAUGCUUUGCAAGCAAUGGAUUUGUCACAAAUGAUAGUUCAAGGAAUGUGGAGCAACCAGAGUCCGCUUUAUCAAAUUCCUCAUGUGACGCCAGAUUUAAUUGAGCGGUGCAAAAAGUAUGACGCAGAGACAGUGUUCGAUAUAAUGGCUCUAGAAGAUGACGAAAGAGAUGACGUGCUUCGCAUGGAGGGCGAACCUCUUGAGGAUGUAGCUAACUUUGUCAAUAAGUAUCCUAACAUCGAUGUCAGCUACGAGCUAGACAUGCUGACACCAAUGGUGGCCAACGAAGGAAAGGAGGUGAUUGUUACCAUUGAGAGAGAUGAGGAAAUGGAGGAUCUCGAGGUGGAAACACUGAGAUUUCCAAUCGCAAAGGCCGAAAGUUGGUGGGUGGUUGUCGGCGACUCAGCAACUCGGCAGUUGUAUGGCAUUAAAAAACUGCUGGUCAAGAACAUUUCUCAGGAAGUGAAGAUCGAAGUUUCUGUUCCCAACAGCGGAAAGCAUCAGCUUACUAUUUGGUGCAUGUGUGACUCCUAUGUGGAUGCAGACAAGGAGAUGCUGUUUGAGGUGGAUGUUCAGCUGGAGUAA